AUGAGGCCUUGGCUGGACGAUCGCACGCAACUCGCUGAUCGUGAUGGCUUCAGCUCGUUCGAUCCUUUAGCUAAUGGCAUCGAUCGGGACAUAAUCGAAGAUGUUGAGGAACGACGUGUAAUCACUGAGUUGGUCGAUACUGGAGGAGCUGUUGCUUCUUCGUGUUUAACGUUACGAAAUUGCUCCGAGCGCCAGCUGGCCGAGUUUUCGAUGUGCUCUCAGCGCUGCUUCGACGAGGAGCAACAGGCAACGUCGGCCUUGUUGUCGAGCGUUGUGCAGGCACUGAAACUCGAAAAUAUCCAGUACUAG